AUGACUCAAAAUCGUGGAGAGCAGGCGGAAGUGCCUUGGGACGCACCUCCGCCGACGAGGGUUAGCAUGGAUGUCCAGGCGGCGCUGGUGUCUGAUGGGUUUAACAUGCCUGAUCUGGAGGCGGCGAGGGAUGCUCCCCCGCCUUAUGGGGAGCUGCAUGAUCAGUUGCAGUUUUCUCAGCCUGGGUUUGAAGCUGGAGCGAAUGUUACCGACGACGGUCGUGUCAACAUCAACAUCAAUCAGAAAAGUGGGAAGUUUGCCGAGUUGCUCGGCCACACCCUCCGAGCCCAAGUCGCCGCGGACGCAGCAGUAGCAGCCGCGCUCCCCCAAGCACCCACCACGCCGGCCUACAUUCCGCCGACUCUCGGUGGUCAGCCCGGCCAAACUCCGCCGCCUAGACUCAACGUCGUCAUCCAGAUCGUCGGAUCACGCGGUGACGUCCAGCCCUUCGUCGCCCUAGGCAAAGUCCUCAAAGAUACCUACGGACACCGCGUCCGCCUUGCCACCCACGCCACCUUCCAGACCUUUGUCGAAGAAAACGGCCUCGAGUUCUUCAACAUCGGAGGUGACCCCGCUGAGCUCAUGGCCUUUAUGGUCAAGAACCCCGGCCUGAUGCCCGGCCUCGAUGCGUUAAAGUCGGGAGAGGUGAGCAAGAGGAGGAGGGGAAUGCAGGAGAUUCUCAUGGGCUGUUGGCGGUCAUGCAUCGAGCCUGGAAACGGGCUGGGGCCGGCGAUGCCGGCACAUAGGAAGGGCUUGGAGAUGAAUUAUGAUGAGGUUACGCUUCCUGGGGAUCCGAGGGAAAGUCCUUUUAUUGCUGACGCUAUUAUUGCUAACCCCCCGAGCUUUGCGCAUAUUCACAUUGCGGAGAAGCUUGGUAUUCCGCUGCACUUGAUGUUCACUAUGCCUUGGUCACCAACUCGCGCCUUCCCACAUCCGCUGGCUAACAUUCAGUCUUCAAAUACUGACGAUGUCAUGACUAACUAUGUAUCCUACGCCCUGGUUGAGAUGAUGACCUGGCAGGGCCUGGGAGAUGUUAUCAAUCGAUUCCGAACCACUGUUCUUGAUCUUGAAAUCCUAUCGUUAAUUUGGGCUCCUGGCCUUCUUACAAGACUGCAAAUUCCUUAUACAUACUGCUGGUCUCCGGCUCUCAUCCCCAAACCCAAUGAUUGGCAACGAAAUAUCGAUAUCUCCGGCUUCUUUUUCCUCAAUCUCGCCAACGCGUAUACUCCGGACCCGUCUCUCGUAGAGUUUCUAGAGGCCGGCUCGCCGCCCGUUUACAUCGGCUUCGGCUCCAUCGUUGUUGACGAUCCCAACGCACUAACUCGUCUCAUUUUCGACGCCAUCCACCUAGCUGGUGUCAGGGCUCUCGUGUCCAAGGGAUGGGGAGGACUUGGCGCGGAUGACGUCGGAAUCCCCGAGGGAGUGUACAUGAUUGGCAACUGUCCCCAUGAUUGGCUUUUCAAGCACGUUUCCUGCGUCGUCCACCACGGUGGUGCUGGUACAUCGGCGGCGGGUAUCUACGCCGGCAAGCCUACGGUCGUCGUGCCAUUUUUUGGAGACCAACCAUUCUGGGGUGCCAUGAUUGCGCGAGCCGGUGCAGGUCCAGAGCCCGUACCUUACAAGGACCUGACUGCCGAGAAGCUUGCUGCGGCUAUCACAACGGCACUGAAGCCUGAGACGGCGGACAAGGCCCGCUCUCUAGGCGAAAAGAUCCGCGAAGAAAAGGGUGCUGAUCUCGGUGGAAAGAGUUUCCAUGAUCAACUUGACCUCAAGACGAUACGUUGUUCACUAGUGCCGACUCGAGUGGCAGCUUGGAGGGUGAGGCGGACAAAGGUUAUUCUCAGUCCUUUCGCGGCAGAGAUGCUCGUGCGAGAACGCAUUAUUCAAUACUCCGACUUAAAGCUAUGGCGGCCACGAGAAUACAACACCGAAGGCCAGCCCUGGGAUCCCAUAUCCGCCGUUACUUCAUCGCUCCUCAUGGAUAUAGGCGAGCUUGCUCUGGCCGUCGCCGAUUUCCCUCGUGGCAUCUUCCAAUCCUCGAAGGAAUCGAAGGAUACAGGGAGCUCGUCUGGAUCGUCGCAUGGGCGGCCGGGGAAGUCGGUGGACAUGAGUAGUGGUACCUUGGUCACCGCGCCCUCGACAGCCACUACUACUGCGGAGUCGGUUGUCCCGGGAUAUGUUGAACUGCCAAGUCCUUUUCCUGGAAAGCUGCAGCCGCGGGUUGAGUUACCCGGGGAUAUGCCAGGCCUUCCAUCUGAGCAAAGUGGGCUGCGUGGCGCCGGGUCCGCUGAUUUCCCUGCUUAUGCCACUGAUAUCUCCCAGCUAGAAUCAGCUAGUAGACCAACAACUGCGGGAACUGGACUGAGGGAGGGACACCCAUCGCCUACAACUCCGGAUAGAACGGCGUCUAGCCUUAUGACCCCCCUGGUCACCGUGACUAGUGACCCGACAAGCGAGAGCUCGGCGGGGCAAUCUUCCCGCUCCCCUCUCCGUUUCCCCAGCAGUCCGCUCUUGCGUGGACGGAGCACAAGUCCGUACGGCCGGCCUCAGUCGUCCCACGACGAGAACCCUUACCGGGGCGUCAACAUCGAGGACUUGCGCGGUGCCAGCACCAGCGUCCGCAGGAUCGUGACUACGGGCGUUAAGUCGCCCAUGAACUUUUGCCUCGGUCUCGCCAAGGGUUUUAGGAAUGUGCCGAAGUUGUACAACGACGACACCGUCCGACCGACGGAGAAGGUUACUGGCUUGGCUAGCGGGUUCAAGGUGGCGGGUAAAGAGUUUGGCCUAGGUUUGUAUGAUGGGCUCUCUGGGCUAGUUACGCAGCCUAUGAAGGGCGCCGAGAAGGAAGGGGGAAUGGGCUUUGUGAAGGGGGUUGGCAAAGGUGUUAGCGGUUUUCUCGUGAAGCCUGCUGCCGCUCUUUGGUCUCUUCCCGCGUACACGAUGCAGGGCGCAUAUGUGGCGAUGAAGAACCGAUUCGCGAAGAGCAUGCAAAAUUAUAUCAUCAGCUCUCGCAUGAUCCAGGGAGCGGAGGCCUUCGAGGCGGCGACUAGGGAGGAGAAGGCGGAGGUUUUGGCGGCGUGGAGGAACGCCAAGUAUGACCUCAAGGAACUGUACCAGCGCAAGCUCAAGGAAGCGAAGGAAGCCAGAGAAGCCCAGGAUUCACAAUCCCAAGGAGGUGAGAACGCCAUGGACCGCGCAGCGUUCGAUCGCCACCACCACGAGCAUCACCAUCACCUCCACGCCGACGUCGCGGCACUCCUCUCGCCCAAGUUCGGCAACGAGUCGAUCGGCCACUUCGACGUGCAUGGCAAGAGACUGCUGAAGGGUAAGCAGGCAUGGCGGCGGAACCACAUCGAGGCAGACCUUGACCACCACCCCAACCACGACGAAGAGUUCGAGAGGGCCAUCCAGGCGUCGAUCCGCGAGACGUCGCGAGGCGAUCCGGAGGAGGAUCUCAUGGUCGAGCGGGCGGUGCGCGCCAGCGUGUCGGAGUUCCAGAGACGUGGCGGCCCCCUGCCGAAUCCGCAAAUGGUGGGUGUAAAGCGGCCCGAGGGCCCAUCCGGGACGACGGAUCCGGAGGAGGCGGAUCUCGAGAUUACGGAUGAGGAGUAUCAGGCGCUUAUUGAGAAGGCGAUCCAGCAGAGUAUGGCGAUUCAUGCGGCCGGAUUUACCGAGGGCGUUCAUGACGGUCAUGGAGUGAGUGAUAGUGAGGACGAGGAGCUGAGACGAGUUCUCGAGAGAUCGAAGACAGACCUGUCGGUUCACGGAGAAGAAACCUCGGACGAUGAAGACCUCAAGAAGGCGAUCGAAGAGUCCAAGACGAACGUUUCGGAGCAGCCGCCGCAGGAGGACGACGACGAAGAGCUGAAGAAGGCCAUCGAGGCGUCUAAGGAGGCAGCGGCGCAACAUACGGACGCGCACGCCGAAGAAGAAGAGAUGCUCCGACGAGCCAUCGAGGAGUCCAAGGCGGCGCACCAGGAGGAGGCGAACCGGGCGGCGGUGGCCAGGACAGAGGAGGAGAUUAUUCUUGAGUUUGUGCGGAAGCAGAGCCUUGCUGAGGAGGAGUUUCGGAAGUUGAAGGCGAAGGAGAAGGGGAAGAUGAAGGAGGAACCGAAGAAGGAAGAAGAAGAUGGGGAGGAUGAUGAUGAUGACGAGGAACUAAAGAGGGCGCUGGAGAUGAGUUUGGGAAUUGAUGAGGAGGGAUCCGGUAGGGCGGGACCUUCGAAUUUGGGUUGA